AUGGAACGUAUUCUUCGUGCUAGAAAUUAUCCGAAUUUAUAUGGAAUUAGUUUACAUAAUAUUCAAGCAAAAACAGCUAGAGAUCUUUUUACGAGUUAUUGUCAUAUUUAUUCAUAUCCAUAUACACUGAAAUAUUACGAUGAUAUAACGAAUAAUUUUCCAGGUGGAAUACUUAUAUAUGUGCGUAAAGUAUCAUUAUUUGAUGAACGACCUUUUGAACAUGAAUUUUUUCUUCGAAUUCAAAAAUCAUUUCCAUUCAUGGAAGAAUUAACUGUACGUAAUGAAAAACGACAAAUUAAUAAACAAUUUAGAAAAUCAAAAAAUUCAUCAAUAUUAAAUAUCCUUAUCUUAAACAACUUGAUCUUAUUCAAAGUUGCAUAG